AUGUCUGAAUAUAAAUGUUUCCAUCUUUCUCCUAGUGAACUUGACGUUAUCUGCGCCCUCCGGAGAUCUCGUAGUGAAUCUUCCUGCGCUGAACUUCACACCGACAUUCAAGAGUUACUCAGGUUGACAGAAUCACAGGGUGACCCGUCAAGUGACCCGCUCAUUUUGUGGUUGAAUGGAGGACCAGGUUGCUCUUCUUUAGCAGGCCUCAUCGAAGAACUUGGGCCGUUCAAAGUGAGUGACUAUGGAGCUAAUGUGUACGCUAAUGAGUACUCAUGGAAUUUGUUUGCUAAUGUGCUGUUCAUCGAGUCACCAUCUGGAGUGGGGUUUUCAUACAAUACGAAGGGUAACGUAACCACGAAUGAUGACGAUGUUGCACAACACAACUAUCAAGCCUUUGUGGAUUUUUUGGAAAAAUUCCCUGAAUAUCAUGGAAGAGCAACAUUCAUCACUGGAGAAUCUUAUGCUGGUGUUUACCUUCCAACACUUGCGGACAAAAUGAUCAGCGAUUCUACGAAUUUCCCUAAUUUCAAGGGUAUGGCUAUUGGAAAUGGAGCAUUAGAUUUCUUGCACAAUUACGACACUAUGGUUCCUUUGUACUACUAUCAUGGACUCAUUAGAGACGAGUUAUACAGGAAUUUUUCCUCCACAUGCUGUAACAAUAAUAUCGAAAGCUGUAAUGUUUUGUCAGCCUAUAACAAUCCCGUCUGCACAUCUCUCGUAAAAGAGACAGAGAGCACAGCAUACUUAAGAAAUCCUGGACGCUUCCAGGUAUUGAGUGCUGCUGAUGACGUGGACGCAUACAACAUUUACAGCUCAUGUUACACCUCAAGUUCAAGUGGAAGAAAAGCUCAUAUCGAGCGCUUUAUGAGGAGAAAAGCAGAGUUUCCUCCAAAGAAUUCGCAAAGCAGUAGUAAUGUACCAUUAUGUGACCAAAUCGGAAACACAGAAGACUAUCUGAAUAGAGCUGAUGUUCGCAAGGCUUUGCAUAUUCCUACGUCGCUUCCAAGAUGGACCGAAUGUAGCAAUGCCGUAGAAGAUAGCUAUGGCGUAGUCUACGCUGACAUGUUAGCACAGAUUGAGAAGGUCAGUGCAGCCGGUGUGAAGAUAUUAAUCUACAAUGGAGAUGUUGACACUGUAUGCAGCCAUGUGAUGAACCGACAAUUUCUAACAAAACUUAACCAUACUAUCAUAGUUGGUUUUAUGAGCGAACUCCAUUAA